UAACUUUUUCUCUAGUCAUUGUUUGAGUGCGGUUCGGUACUGAGAGAGUCUAUUGAGACGAGCCGUCGUUGUUGAAGCAAUAGGCAAACAUUCUGCGAAGUUAACUUUAGCUGGAAAAAUAUUGGCAGCUGACUCAAUGAAAAGUGACAGCUGAUUUGGUGAGUAUAUGGGCGGGCGAGGAGGUAUACAUAUGUGGUUAAGUAUCAGAAGUUGGCGAUAACUGGGCAAAACAGACGCUAAUCGUUCGGUGGGCGAUAAUUGCAAUUUGGUUAGUUGUUGCCACAGCGCGCUGCAAUGCAGACCAAAAACCGUUUGCGACGCGAAUAUAAUUCGUACAAUGAUCUGAGCAGAGAGUUUCGCAUGUACGAUGAGCAGUCGAUGGACUCGCUGCUGGAUGAUCGCCUGCGCAUCCACAUGAAUCCCAAUGGCAGCGAUGAGCUAUCCUUGCAUCGUGACGAUUUCUACGCAACCGCCUAUCCGCAGUCGCCGCAGCUACUGCUGCGCCAGCACAACUUCAAGCUGAAGGUCUACUACUCUAAUGUGGGCAACUGCGUGCAGUGCAACAAACGCAUACGCUUUGCGAUGGCCAGCCUGAGGUGCCGCGACUGUCCGCUGCGCUGCCACACGGACUGCUGCAGCCAGCUGACGGUUAACUGCAUACCACAGCCGCUGGUCAGCACGAAGCGCGGCCACUUGAGCGACUUUGUGCCACGUGCGGCACCCAUGGUGCCUGCUUUGAUAGUCCACUGUGUCACAGAGAUUGAGGCGCGCGGCCUGGAGCAGGAGGGUCUGUAUCGGGUCUCCUCCACCAGGGAGAAGGUCAAGCGUUUGCGGCACAAGCUGCUGCGCGGCAAGGCAACGCCACAUCUGGGCGACAAGGACACGCACACGCUAUGCUGCUGUGUGAAGGAGUUUCUCCGCUCCCUGGAACGCCCCCUGAUACCCAUGUACCAUAGACGCGACUUUGUGCUGGCCACACAGCAGACCGAUCCGCUGGCUGCCGAGGAGCCAUUGUAUCUGGCCAUGGUGGAUCUGCCGCAAUCACAUCGUGACACAUUGGCCUUUCUCAUGCUGCACUGGCAGCGCAUCGCCCAGAGCCCAGCCGUGAAGAUGUCCAUUAAUAAUAUUGCCGUUGUAUUUGCACCAACACUCUUCGACGAUGUCGAUCUGAAUCUGAGUAACAUUGUGCUCUGGCAACAGGUGCUGCGCAUUUUGCUGCUCCAGUCGCCCGGUUUCUGGGCGCAGUUCCUUGAGGUGGAGCCGCUGCUGCCAGCUUGUUCGCUGGAUGAUGAUGAAUGGAAACGUGAAAAUUACCAUUCACCCAGCUGGCAAACCGUGAAAACCUAUUUUAGAUCUAUGGUUAAUCUCGCUGACUGAGGCAAGUUAGUUGACAAUCUGACAAAUUGAUGGAAUACAUAUAGUAGCCAAUAGCCGUUAGCCUUGUAAUUUUAUAAUUUCCCAAGAGCUAGUUAAUAUAUCCAUAGACUAUUA